UACAUUCUAUCUGUAUGAGCUAACACGCUACCAUUUAUUAAUGUGGUUCAGGUUCCGACGAUUAUACAGAAUUACUUUUAGUCCAUUAAUCAACUUCAAGUAUCAUCUAUAUAACAAAAUUAAUUUUUUUUAUAACAGCAUACAUAAAAACAUCAACUAUCAGAUCAACAAUAAUUAUUGUUAUAGACAGGUUUAUUUAUUAUCGUCAUCAUUAAGAUUAUUAGAUAAAAAAAAAAUGACGACUAUUGAAGAUAUUAAAAUGAUUUGGAGAAAUUGUGAUGCUGUAUCAUUUGAUGUUGACUCAACUGUAAUACGUGAGGAAGGGAUUGAUGAACUUGCUAAAUUCUGUGGUAAAGGAGAUCAAGUAACCGAAUUAACUAAGAAAGCUAUGCAAGGGAAUAUGACUUUUCAACAAUCACUAGCAGUACGGCUCAAUAUAAUACAACCAAAUUUAGAACAAAUAAAAGACUUAAUAAGAUUUCAUCCACCAAAACUCACACCAGGAAUCAAAGAAUUAAUUGAUAAAUUACACGAAAAAAAUAAAAAAGUAUUUUUAAUAUCUGGUGGAUUUCGUUGCUUAAUAUCACCAGUAGCUGCCCAAUUAAAUAUAUCUCCAGAUCAUAUUUUUGCUAAUCGACUUAAAUUUUUUUUCACUGGUGAAUUUGCUGGAUUCGAUGAAAAUGAAUUAACAGCUAAAACUGGUGGUAAAGCUAAAGUUAUCAAAAGGUUAAAAGAAAAAUAUAAUCUUAAAACAAUUGUACAUGUGGGAGAUGGUGCUACUGAUUUAGAAGCUUCUCCACCAGCGGAUGCAUUUAUUGGAUUUGGUGGUAAUGUUAUUAGAGAAAGUGUUAAAAAUGGAUCUAAAUGGUUCGUCAAAGAUUUAAAUCAGCUUAAAGAUGCUCUCGAUUAA